UGCGGAAGAAUGCAUUCCUUGCGUGCCUCUUUCGGGUUAGAGCAUGAUGUGGUACACGGCAGAUCUGUGCAGAGUUUGGCGUUGAGGGCUUCUCAUGGAUGCGGUGAGCGGUUGCGAGUUGGGAGGCUGGCAUGAGUUUGUUUGUCAUGGUCUUCGUGUGUGUGUGAUCUUGCAGCUGAAGUCUGAGGCGGCGGGCAUCGAGCACAGCCUGGACCAGCUGCUGCAACUGCAGUCAAAGGUGAGCAUGAAGAUACACGUGGUUGAGAAGCCCAUGUGCUCACACAGCUUGACUUCUGUGUGGUGUGUUUGGUGCAGGUUGGUGGCUGUCUGUCGCAGAUCAAGCAGCUGGAGCUGUCCAAUGACGGCCCUGCACAGGUCAGUCAGUCAGGGCUGUGUGGCCCGAUUGGUCGACUGACUUGUGGUCUUUUUUGUCUCUUCUCAACACUGCAGGCGUCUUGUCAUGAGUCGUUGCGCCUUCAGCUGUCGCUGCUGGCCGGCCACUGCACGGCCUCUGUCAACCAGCUGUCGUGCUUGGCACCCGCCCUCUCCAGUGCCGUAGAUGCGCUCACACCAGUAGGGGACGCACCGCCUACCAUCAGCCCGGCAGCCGCAGCAACCGAUGGGCAGACAGAGGUGCGCACGAAGAAUGGCCACAACGGACUGUGCAUAAGGGGGUUCGCCUUUUACCUUGCUGUGGUGUGAUGUCAGGUGGCUGCGGAGAGGCGUCCGUCAUAUCGUCUAGUGCAUAGGAGCGGCAAUGCACCACCACCCGACGAGGACCCGGUAAGAGCCACGCAUACAUCAGAUACACACAUACCCACUGAUGUCCUGUUGGUUGACAAUUCAGGCCCGCCUUCGUCUGUCCCGUGACGCACUCUCCAAUGUGUUCGGCCACCUGCAGCCUUCACUUGACGCGCCACCGCCGGCCCCUCGGCACGCCCCUCUUCCAUCAGUCGGCCGCCACCUACACCAAGCUGGUCAUCGACUGUAAGGGCGACAAGGCGCGGCGCAUGUGGGAGACCAUGCCGCUGGCCGUGGCGCAGAGAUGGGGCAAGAGGGCGACCAACGUGCGAGAGAUCAAGCGUCGCCAUCCCGCGGGCCGAGAGGGCUGGUGUCGCGGGACGUGGAUGGCCUUAGUGGAGGGACACGCCGUCGGCCGGGCGGCCAUCGCAGACAAGAAGCGACGGGAGAGGGAGGGCGGGGAGGGGACUGCUGCUGCCGCGGCAGAGCAAGAUGAUGACGGCAGCUGGUCGGCCGACGAGGGCACAUUGGAGGUGCUGUCAUUCGAGGCCGUCGAGCUCGACGACAUCAGUCGCCUCCCCCGCCCUCCCCCCUCAUCUGCCCUGCCCGCCGCCCGCUCCGCCCCCGUCCACCUGCCGGCACUCAAAACCGUCGACAACAUACCCGAUGAGUGCCUGGCUGCUCGCGUGGGGCGCCCGUGGCGGACACCUGCCAUCAAGACGCUCAUCACUCGAGUCCAUUUUGGUGCGUCCAAGGAGGCUGUGAAGGCGUGGCUAAACGGCUGCGAGGCCAUUGAGGUGCUCGACCCCGCCAUGUUGGGCGCCGACGAUGCGGUGGAUGUGCUGAGUGCGCUGCCCGCUGACGGGAAGUCGCUCGGGUCACUUCGCACUCUGCGAGGCGUCCGGGUUGGUCGGGGUGGCCCCGCUGACAUCGACCGACUGCGUGAGGUGCUGGUGGGGAGGGGCGCCAAGCGGUGGAUCAGCGAGCUCAAGAUCGACAUGCGUGGUGUUCGUUCGUACACAGACGAGGACUGGGAGAGACUGCAGAAGGCCGCACAGCUCGUGUAAGGACACAUGGGAAGGGGAAGGUCAGGUCUGCGUGACGCACACCGAUGUGGUCGUCUUUUCUGCAGUGAUGCCGUUGCGCAUCGUGAGGCGUUUUCGCAGCCGAUUGUCCGCGCAGCCACGGACGGUUUCUUUGACGUGGGACUCCUCUCCCGCAGCAGAACUGCUACCCCCACCGUCCAGACCCUCAUCAGUGAUUUCGCCAAGACGGCUGCUACCGUGUCGUACCGAGGAGAAGACGGGACCAUCCCUGCAGACGGCACAUUCCCCACCGCUAGCAAACUGCAGCUUGAAAGCGGUGCCCUCGACGAUGAGGCCAAGAAGGAGCGCGCAGUCGAGAUCGCCUCCAACAUGCCCAACCUGUCACACAUCCAGGCAGAAGACCCCUUUCACACACCUGCUGGUGAGGUGUGGACGUUCCUCGAGCGGCUGCAGACGGCGCUGGUCAGCAAGGGGAGAGAGAGAAGCUUGUCGGUGGAGAUGCGUCUGCCGGCAAGUGCAGUUGUGGAGCCCGUGCACACUGACCGGAGCCCGUGUCUGUGGGGGCGUCGCAGCAACGACAAGCUGCCGCCGGUCGAGGACGUGACGAUCACCGUGGAUGGUGAGGCGGGACGGGAGUGCGUGGGAGAACCACCACACAUGGCGCCCGUGUGUAUUGUCCGUGUUACUUCAUUGUAGGCGGUGUAGAGGAUGACGACUUGGAGCCCUUCUACCGGCGCGUGAUGGCCUCUGUGGCCUCAUUCAGCAACGAGCUCAAGGUGCGCCUCAAACCACCCACACAGACAGCUGCGGGGCGAUGUGUGUGUGCCCACUGUCCUGUUGCCCGAAUCAAUGACAGGGCCACAAGAAGACCGAAGUGUACUGAUGGAACGACGAGGAGGCUGCGGCCGACUUCGAGCGGCGUUUCCUGACUGAGCAGGUUGGCCUCAACUUCAGCGGUGGGCCGUACAAGUUCAGCUUCCAUCGCUUCUUUCGUUACGCGCUGGUUGUCGAGCGCCGCACGUAACCAUCCCUCAGGUGAAUGGCUUACCGUAGGUGAGGACGCCGAACGAUAAAUGGGGGCGUCACCAGCUAUCCCCCUCUGAUAUGUGUGUUGUCAGAUCUGACGGCGGCUGGGGGGGUGUGGGUGCUCGGGCGGAUGCUGCGUGAGGGAGCAGCUAAUAGCAUGAUGGACAGAUGGCGGAUAAACAGACAGACAGACAGGCAGCUCCCACCCACGGCUGCAAUGCCUGCUACACACUUUUAGACAGGCACCUUCUUGCUCGGCUCGGCUCGGUGCGUGUAUGUGUGUUUGUGUUGGUGACCUCCUUGUGGCUGGCUGGCUGCGGUUCAAUGUGUCCCAGAGAAGCGACGGAUCAGAAAGUGC